UUUGAUUGAGACUGGAAAGUGUUUCAGAAUUUGCAUUAUGUUUUUUCUUUAUUCUAUUUCGGUGAGAACUUUUGGAGUGAACUAAUAUAAAAUGAUGUGAAAAUGGUAUUUUGUCACUUAAAGUGUGCAUAUUCUGUGAUGGAUUUUGGGAAUUAGAAGACUCAGUUGAACUGCCUUUAAACCAAUUGUAAAAUUGAAAGUUGUUAGUUACUAUGUUAUCAAGAAGUGCCAAAACAAAAACGCAGGUUUGGAUAAAAAAAGGUUAUUGGGUUUCACAAUCUAUAGGAAGACUUCCACCAAAACUUUUCCUAUUAAGCUUUAGGUGGAGUCACCUGUGCAGUUGUACAAGUUUGUGAAUCCAAUACAACGUGAAGUUUAGCCCAUGUCAGUCUCAGCUAGUCCAGCGCCACUGUUAGGGGAUCGACUGUGUGAAAAUGGAUUUAAGUGUUAAAAUUCUCCCUGCCACCAAUGAUGUACAUGGAGGAGUCAUUGUGGACUUAAAGGAGCCUAUGGACUCUGAAGAUUUUGCUACUUUGCUUAGAUCUUCACUUUUACAUUGGAAGCAACAGGGAAAAGAUGGUGUUUGGAUCAAGCUACCUAUUGAGCUUGUUAAUCUUGCUGAAACUGCAGUUAAGGAGGGUUUUUGGUACCACCAUGCAGAGCCAAACUAUCUAAUGCUAGUUUACUGGAUUCCAAAAACUGGCUGCACAAUACCUCCAAAUGCUUCCCAUCGUGUAGCAGUUGGCGCAAUUGUCCUGAAUGAUAAGAAAGAGGUUCUUGUGGUCAAGGAAAAGAGAGGUGGAUUUCAUGGGAUUGGUGUUUGGAAGAUACCUACUGGAUUAGUUGAUGCAGGUGAGGAGAUUUUUGAAGCAGCUAUUAGAGAAGUUAAAGAAGAGACAGGAAUUGACACAGAAUUUGUGGAAGUACUAGCAUUCAGACACACACACAAUUCAUUCUUUGGAAAAUCAGAUAUAUCUUUUAUUUGCAUGCUGUGUCCUCUUUCUUUUGACAUCAAAAAGCAAGAACUGGAAAUUGAGGCAGCUCAGUGGAUGCCGUUCAAGGAAUUUGCUGAUCAACCUUUUAAUCAGAUGCAUGAACCCUUCAAGUACAUGAUUGAAUUAUGCUUGGCAAAGGUUGAAAAAGUCUAUAAUGGAUUCUCUCCGCGACCUGUCUCGUCGUAUUUCGUGGAGGAGUUGAAUUAUCUAUAUUUGAAUAGCCAUGGCCUGGACAAAUCUUCUUAAGUUUUCCAAAUCAACCUUGGUCGUCAUCCAUAAAAGUUGAUUUUGGUAUUUCUUUCUUGUAAAGGCUUAAUUAUGCUUUUUUCCCUUAAAUUUAGGUUAUUUUUAUUUUUUUUCUUCAAAUUUAAAUCUAUUUUUCUAGUCUUUAAAUUUUAAAAAUAUUCUUUUUAAUCUCUCUUGCGGCAAAAAAUUAUCACA